UUACAAGCAUCUCUCCAAGCCAUGCCAGGGCCAAAGUCUAUCCCCAGCGAGCCUAUGCCGCUAGACAUGGACAACCGAGACCCCAACAAUAUAAAUGACCAUGUCAGGGUCCUGUUUGAAGACGCCUUUGCAGAGCCUGAAGGGUCACACACCAUUGACGGGGCGUGGCACAUGUCCUACAAGACGUACAACGGGGUGAAGAACUGCUGCUACGUUGUGCUGUCUGUGCUUUUUGGGUGCCCCUUGGCCUGCUGCUGGGCACUGACCUUUGCAUGUAACCAGUGCUGCCAUAUCUGGUUGGUGGCACCUUGCAGGCGCUUGUGGGAUAUGAACUGCACCUGCAUGAAGCUGUUUUGGAGCACGUGUGUGCACUGCUGCUACGACCCCUGUUACGAGUCUUGUGGCCUGAUCUUCAGCUUCAUUCGUGUAACAAACAAGAACGGAUAGAACAUACUUGUCCGCUUCUAAGUCUUCUCCUUAGGGACAUGGAGACCCUCUUCAUCCUCACACCCCUGAGAAUUACAUUGGACUGCAUUGUUCUGCAUCCCAACACUCAACAAUUGGGGGUUAUUAUGUAUGCAGAGCACUGUUGGUGUUUGACGCUAUGCAUUACAGCCCUCUCUGUUGUGUAAUCACACUCUUUAUAGCGUUUCCUUAUGCUGUUGUUGCUGGGAGGAAGUCACUUGUCUGUUAAGUUAUAUUAUUUCCUUUUUCUAUUACAAAAUGUACAAUAAAGCUGAUUUUUUUUUUUGUCAAAUUGAGACACAUAUUAAAGUGUACCUGCAUGAUAUGUAAUAAACACACACAUUUACUGCAUACAUUGUGUGAGCCUAGUGUUUUCAUGCAAACGUGUGUGUAGAUCAUACUGUGCUAUCAAGUCUCUUAUGUGUACAUUUAUUGCAGACACAUAAAUUAGUAUGUUGCUUUUAUAUUAAAAAGACAGUCUAGUCCAAAAUAAACUUUCAUGAUUCAGAUAGGGCAUGUCAUUUUUUUCCAAUUUACUUUUAUCACCAAUUUUGCUUUGUUCUCUUGGUAUUCUUAAUUGAAAGCUAAACCUAUGCUGUAACAAAUGCUAAUUUCUUACAACUUGAAGGCCGCCUCUUAUCUGAAUAAAUGUUGACAGUUUUUUACCA